GCCUCCCAGUCUCAUCCAAGAAGGACAGCAGCUGCCUGGAGUCGACCGUUCCCAUUGUGACCGAUAGCUGCGGUGUCUACGGCACCUUUUACGUGGACCUCAUGGGCAGUGGUCUUAAGACCUUCAACAGUCCGGGACGUGUCACUAAAAUGUCUCAUGGUUUGCCCCACAAAGAAGGAGCCGAAACUAUCCAGAUAUUUACUCAUCCUGCCAGCAAGCCCUCACCCAUCAUCAGCAGGGAGGCUCUGCCAUGGAAACAGGCCAUACGACCCCAGCCCAAGAUGGGUGUGCUAAGAGAAUCAUGGGAAAAGAACCACAGCAAGAAAGAGCUACAUGCAGUGAGCAGUGUCCCUAUACUUUCAACAAGAACCCAGGGACAUAGUCACAUACCAGCUUUCCAGCACGGUGGACAUCCAGACAGUGGUAAACCUGUGGCUUGUCCUCGUCUGCUGCAUUACUCAGCAUCACUACAUCUUUUGGACAUGUUGCUGCCCCCUCCCCCAGUACCCACCGAGGACGCCACUGACACGCAAAGCCUCACCUCAGAUGGAGGCUCUAGUCGUUCCACAAAGCUAACAAUGGACAUGGGCUCUCUUCAGUCAGUGUGUCCUGCAUCAGGCCCCCAUGGACAACUGGGACCCAGCAACAAGAACAGCUUCCCAUCCUACAGCCACCUGUCCACUGCAUUAUCUUCUGUAUCACAGAGUAAUGAACAGGGCAGCAUGCUGACAGCACAGGAAGCUGCCGAGUACCUGGAGCUCACUCCUAAACCAGAGAGAUGGAGUGCCCUGCCAGAGCAGCGUCCUUCCCUGUCCCAUCAUUUUGCCUCGACGCUGAAUUACAUCUGCGGGCCGACUCGCUCUGCUCAGGUGCACGACGCCUUCACUGAGCCCGAACCUCCAUUAAAUAGCCUCCGUCAUGCCUGCCGUCAGAGCUCGCCUUCCUCCUGCUACAGCGAAUGGGACAGCUCUCUGUGGAACACGAUCAGCUCAGUCAUGGACAGCAACCUGUCCAGUGCCCGAACCAGCCUCAUCAGCUCCGUGGACAGCUGCUACACUAAUGACAGUGCCAACUUUGCUCAUCUCCUGGCCAUGGCAGCGGAAAGCAUGAGCGGAGCCUCUUUGUCAGGUAAACAGGAGAACUGUCACUUUUAAAAUAGGAAAAUCAGUUGUGGAAAAAAUUUUUUAUAAAAACAUCCGUUUUCAUGAGAUGAUGGUGGAAAUGAAUGAGAUUUAACUACGCACAGUUAUGUGAGCUUUUUUGAAUGACCAGUUAACCUCUUAAGCCCCAAGCCUAACUGAUCUC